GGAGAGUUCCGCUCCAGUUGCUGACGUAGGACCGUUUCCCUGCGACUGCCGAAGGUUGGGCGGGCGCUGCUGCCGAAUCUGCUCCAAGAGCGCCUCGGACGCAACUCCACCGUCACUGACUCACCAAGUGACGGUCGUCAGUCAGACUGUACGCAUAACUGACUUCUGAGAGGGUUGCUGUUGCUCACUGCCACUGCUUCUAUGCGAGGACUGGCCCGCAGUAGCUCGGCUGAGCGUUCGUCCAGAGCACCACCAGCUCCAGGGAAGCGGUCGUAGUGGGAACAGUGACGAUUCCGUCGCUUGGUGACUUUUCUCGUGCUCGAGAUCAGAGACGACGAUCUUCGCGCUGAUUUUCCCGAUCCGGACGACGUCAAGAACAAGAGUCCAUCCCGUGUGAUCGAAAUGGAGCUCCGUCAAAGGAGGAGUGCGGGGACUUCAUCGACAAGAGCCGAUCUCCCAUCGACCAGCUCCGGGAGCUCGAAGAAAGAAAAACGCAAGAACCUGGUGAAGCGAGGAUGUCAAGUUGUUCUCUUCAAAAUCGUGGCAGCUUUCUUGAUCCUCUAUCUCGCGAUCCCGAUCUGGUUCUAUAACUCCCAGUGGGUUCGACAACAUGUCGUUUUUCUUACAUUCGUCAACAUUCCGCCCUUCCUCAACCUAUCGGAUCCCGACGGAUUCGGUCUCCACUGUCCACGAAAUUUCUAUGUCGAAUCGGAUCCUGGUAUCAAGUUGGGCACUUGGUACAUCCCUUCGGACAACGAGAAAUGUGACCGGAACGGCCCGCUCUUCCAAGGCGAAGAUCCCGUUGUGCUGUACCUACACGGUAACUCCGGCUCACGCGGCGGGAACCAUCGAGUAGAGCUCUACAAACUCCUCACGACCAAGGCCAAGGUCAACGUCGUUGCGUUCGACUAUCGAGGUUACGGUGACAGCGUCUCCGAGGAAGGGCCCUCUGUCGACGGUCUGGUGCACGACGCUCUAGCAGUGUAUAAAUGGUUGCGUGAACGAGUUCCCGCCGAACGUGUCGUCGUCUGGGGCCACUCGCUUGGGACCGGAGUGGCAACGCAUCUCUUGGCGGAUCUCAACAAGCUCAAGGAGAGGCCAGCGGCUCUUGUUCUCGAGUCACCUUUCGACGAGUUGGCCAACGUAGUCAAACACCAUCCGCUAUCCCGCAUGCAUCGAUUCAUGCCCUACUUCCAGGACAUCUUCGUUGAUUCGCUGAAAAACGACCCUACGACGAGCUUUAACUCCUUCGAGAAAUCGAAACUCGUCGAUCCGAAGCUACCGGUGAUGAUCCUCCACGCCAAAGACGACGGCGUGAUACCAUUCAGUUUGGCCGAUCGACUUCACAAAGGCUUUGAGUCGAGCAGAGGGAGCUCGCGUUCAACAGAGUUCGUGACGUUCGAGUCGGAACUCGGCUACGGUCACAAGUAUAUCUACACGCAUCCGGGGCUCCACAAGAAAGUCAGAGACUUCUUUGAUGGAGCCAUCGCGUCCAGAAGUGAAACGGAUAGUCAGAAAUAAGUUUUCGGAGUUAGUCUCACAGAGAUUGAGCCCAUGUGUAGAAUAGCUGUCGGCUGUCGGAUAUCAUGGUGUCGGGAUGGGACGAUUUUCCCUCUUGUCUCCGGGGGAAAAAUCGAGAAUCGUGAUCUUAGAAUUUGAGGGAGUCCGGUGAAGGGCAUCUAGUCGGUCGGGAGACAUAAACUCUGAUCUUCAUGGUCGAAAAUCCUCACCAAUAUCGUGAGCCCAAACGAUCGCAAUUAUUCUUUUCUACUUUCAAAGUUCAGGUUGAACUUUCACAUAAUUAGCGCCGAAUGAAAGGUGCGAUUUCUGCUGUUGAUUAUACCUUUCUCACGAUUCAAGUGAUGUAUAGCACUCUACGUCAUGAAUAAAUGUUGAAAAAGAACCC